CAUGAUUAGUGUAGUAUCAUGAAGCCAAGACGUUGUCGUUUUUUAAUUCUUUGUGGAACUGCUCUCUGCGUUGUCUGGAUUGUAUUUCAAACAGUUAUGACGGUAGCUAACCGAAUUAACUUUGUUCCACUUGCGGAAAAGCGAAUUGUAGUUCUUAACACGAAAAGUGAAUACGUCAAAACUCUAAAGGAAUACUUUAAAAACACAAGAAAGAGAAUUGUUUGGCGAAAAAAGACAAACAGGCCUUACGAUAUUAUAAAACAAAAAGAACUUUUGAAACAUCCAAUCAUUGUAACACUCCCCAGUAGUGCUUUUGAAGAAAAUCAAUUCUUUCAAGAAAUCGUAAAAGAUGAUGUGCUACCUACAAUGCAUCUUGAUCGUCUGGGUAUCAUUAGCUAUUUGCCAUCCUUUGAAACUGAAUUUGUCGUGCAAUUUAUCAAUAUGUUAUAUGGUUCGUGGAAGUUUAUAAAUAAAAACAGACAAAGUCUUUUAUCGUACAAAGAACUUCGAAACUCAUUACGAGUAGAUUUGCUAACAUUUUGUUAUGCAGACAUGUGUCCGUUUCUUCCAAAAGAGUGCAAGAAAUUGACAACAUCAACUGGAAUCGACUCAAAUACGAGACCGUCCUGUUAUUACAUUGAAGAAAACAACCAAGUCGAUUUUGAUUACCCUGUUCUAAAUUCUUUCAUUAUGUUUAAGAAAAAAGAAAUAAGAAAAAUACUAAAACCUUACAAAUAUUUACUGCGAACAGAUGUGGAUGUGUUUUUAGGACCCGCUUUAUGGUUUACUCGACCAACUAGGGCUAUUGCUGUUGGAAAUGGCGCGUACUGCGAUUCUUUCAAUAAGAAACGGCUAAUGUCAAUUGCACGAAAAUUAAAGAUGGUACAUAGAGGAGUACAUUGUGUUGGUUCCACGUGGUACGGUAAAAGAAAUAUUCUGAUUUAUGCAGCCAAUAAAACACUUUCUUUGACGAAGUAUAUAUAUUUAAACGAAUUUAGUAGUAAUUUAAAAGGGAUAGAAGAUAUAAAUUUUUCAGGUAGUCAAAAAUAUGGUGUAUGGAAGCGUUGGUGGAAACCAGUCUCUUUGUUAUAUGCUGCCGAAUUAACUUUAAAUGACAUCAUUCCAGAUUUUUCUAACGAGUAUAAGAUGAAUUUAGACACCUCGUCGUGUUCUGGAAAAGCUGCAGUAAAACAAACACAUAUUCCAUGUUACCAUAGCAAAUGUGAAUUUCAAAAGUUUAAUUUUACUGACAACUUGAAAGCUAUUAUGGAUACCAGCAGCAAAGUAGAUUCGAGUGUAUCGCGAAAUUUAAUUAAAUACUCUAGAGAUUUGGAUAUAACAAAGAUGGAUGUUAGUGAAUACGCCACCUAUAUAGCAUGGAAUUCGGUUCAUAAAUACAUGUUCAAAAAUGGACUGUGACAACUUUAGCCAUCCUAUAAUUGGAUGAUUUUAAGAUUUAAUUAGGAAAUUUAAAAGUAAGUCUUGUAAUUUCUACCCAAUAGUGGUAAAACUUUCUUCUAUCACUUCAGAGAGAUUUAAAGGCACGCUUUUAUUUAGACUGAUUUUUAUGUGGAAAUUAGUCGGUAAAAAGUGAUUAAAUUAAAAAAUUUA